AUGGAUUUCACAGGAAGAGGAGAACUUGCAGAACGCCAGCAAAAGUUGGCUCAGAUGCUCUCCAGAUUGACAAAAAUUGCUGAGGAAUUUAAUGUUGCUGUUUACAUGACCAACCAAGUAAUUGCUGAUCCAGGAGGUGGUGUCUUCAUAUCAGAUCCAAAGAAGCCUGCAGGAGGGCAUGUACUUGCUCAUACACAUCUGCAGGUAAUUCCUGCUUCUUAUCUUGCAGGGGGUUCCAAUUGAAUCACAACCAUCUUAGCUUGUUGGAAGCAGAGGCUCUAUAAAUCGAUACUUUGAUUUUGACAAACUGACAGAGGUUUGACUUGUUCCAUAAGUCAUAUCUUUCUAAAUGUUAUAAUUUAUAAAUUUGGCAGUAAUGUGUUCCUUCUUAUUAAUACAGGUUACACAUGGUAAUACAUAGGGCCAUCAUCAUUUAAGAUAA